AUAUGUAUGAUAUACAGCCAUUUUCAACUCUUCUUAGUUUUCUGGUUGGUCAACAUUUAGCGCUUCUAGAUUAUGACUUCCAAAUCCAGCUAUCUAUAUUUACAUGCCACUGCUUGUUAGAGGUCGGCAUACGAAAGAGAAAACAAAAGAAACUUCAAAAUGUUUGUCUCCUCAACAAGAAAUCUAUUAAGCAUUUGUGUCCUGUCUCUGGUUUUAUCUUCCUGUCAGGGGAGGGUAGACCCGAAUUUCCGGAUUAAAGCAGUUAAUCUAGGAGGUUGGCUCGUGACUGAAGGUUGGAUUAAACCUUCUCUUUUUGAUGGCAUCGUCAACAAAGAUUUCUUGGAUGGAACUGCGCUUCAGUUUAAGUCAGUAACAACUGGAAAAUAUCUUUGCGCCGAACAAGGUGGAGGAAGUAUCAUAGUUGCCAACCGGACAUCUGCUUCUGGCUGGGAAACCUUUACAUUGUGGAGGAUCAAUGAUACGGCCCUAAAUUUUAGGGUCUUUGAGAAGCAAUUCAUUGGACUUGACACAAACGGAAAUGGGAUUGACAUAGUAGCUGUUUCAAAAACUCCUGGAAAUUCAGAAACCUUUGAGAUUUUGAGGGACUCCAAUGAUAAGAAUCGGGUUCGGAUCAAAGCACCAAAUGGGUACUACUUACAGGCAAAAACAGAAGAGCUGGUGACAGCUGAUUCGCAAGGGGGUAACGGAAGGGGAGAUGAUGAUCCAUCAGUAUUUAAGAUGGAGAUGGUUGGAAGGCUGGAGGGCGAGUUUCAAGUAACCAAUGGCUAUGGUCCCGAUAGAGCCCCACAAGUCAUGAGAGAGCAUUGGGGAACGUUCAUUGUGGAAGAAGACUUCAAAUUCAUAUCGCAAAAUGGGCUUAAUGCUGUGAGAAUACCAGUUGGUUGGUGGAUAGCCAGCGAUCCAACCCCUCCUCCGCCUUUUGUCGGGGGCUCCUUGUUUGCAUUAGACAAUGCCUUCGUAUGGGCACAGAAAUAUGGGUUAAAAGUUAUAAUUGAUCUACAUGCCGCACCAGGUUCGCAAAAUGGUUGGGAGCACAGCGGUUCCAGAGAUGGCUCCCAGGAAUGGGGUAAAACAGAUGAAAACAUAAAUCAGACCGUAGCUGUUAUAGAAUUUUUAACAGCCAGAUAUGCAAAGAACCAAAGCCUCUAUGCAGUUGAGCUGAUUAACGAGCCUCUUUCACCUGGAGCGACACUGGAGAGCGUGAUCAAAUACUACAAAGCGGCUUAUGCUGCUGUCCGUAGGCACUCUUCUACAGCUUUUGUGGUGAUGUCAAAUAGGCUAGGACCAAUGGAACCAAGGGAGCUAUUCCCAAUGGCCAGUGGCUUAAGGGGUUCUGUUAUUGAUAUACAUUAUUACAACCUUUUCCAAGACAUGUUUGACAACAUGACUGUCCAACAGAACAUUGAUUUUAUAUAUCAGAAUAGAUCCUUACAGCUGAAUCAUGUUACUACAUCUAAUGGUCCUCUCACUUUUGUUGGUGAAUGGGUGGCUGAGUGGCUAGUUAGUGGAGCUAGUAAAGAGGAUUACCAACGGUUCGCCAAGGCCCAAUUAGAGGUCUGGGGGAGAGCGACUUUCGGUUGGGCUUAUUGGACUCUGAGGAAUGUUAACAGACAUUGGAGCCUGGACUGGAUGAUCAAGAAUGGCUAUAUCAAACUUUAGCCCGUAGGUUGUAACAUGACUCUCUAGCAGGGAAAUAAGGGAUGCAACAUCAACAUGUUAGUAUGUUACCCAACCCUAAACACCCAACAAUAAAAAGGUUGUAGCAUGGUUAUAGCCUAUUUAGAACAUCCCUAUGUCAUUUUCAAGUGUAAAAAAAUACACUCUAAAUAAAAAUUAGAAAGGUUUUUGGACCACUCAAUGACGAAUUUUAACAUUUGA